AUGACCUCAUUGCUCGACGGGUCUCGACUAACGUACGCCAUAUUCCAGGUGUCAUCUUCAGGAAAUUUGGGCAACGAGCUGAGGGGCAUGGAAAGCGUUGACCGUUCGAAUGUGCCGACGCUGAUGAUCAAAUAUCUGACCCGACUUCCAACCAAAAUUCUGUACUCGCUGUCAUCCCUGCUCGAUACCUCCAUCGAGAGUAUCCUAGAAAAUGAGGUUAUUUGGCUCAUCUGGGCGAAGGCAAGAGAUAGGUGA